AUGAGUGUUCUCCGGAGGGAAUUAGGUACCUUUUCAAAGAGAUUGCCACCGAAUGCUAUUAAAAGUGACACUGCACAUGACUUGCUGCAGGGAUUAGGUUACAUAAGUCAAACUCAGUCAGGUUUGAUGCAUUGGUUGCCAAUGGGCGUCCGUGUAAUGCGAAAUGUUCAGGAUAUAAUCAGAAAGAGGAUGGUAGAGAGUGGAGCAUUUGAGAUGGAAUUGAGCGCUUUAUCUGAGAAGAGCGUAUGGUUGCAAACCAACCGAUGGGGUAAUAAGGAACUUUUCAAGCUAGAGGAUAGAAAAGGUAAGCAAUACUGUCUUACACCUACCUGUGAGGAGGAUUUCACGACAUUAAUAAAACAGUAUGUCAGUUCAUAUAAGGAUUUUCCACUUACUGUUUUUCAAAUGACAAGGAAAUACCGUGAUGAACUACGGCCGCGGGGAGGGCUUCUCAGAGCGCGGGAAUUUGUAAUGAAAGAUGCUUAUUCUUUUCAUGUGAGUGAGGAAGAUGCGAUUGCUUCUUUUCAUAAGAUGAAUGGUGUUUAUGAAUUAAUUUUUAAAGAUUUGCGUUUGCCUUUUGUAAGUGCGGAUGCUGAUUCUGGUGACAUUGGCGGCGACCUGUCUAAAGAGUUCCACUAUAUUCAUAGGAGUGGAGAGGAUGUUCUAUACUCGUGCACCAAUUGUGAGCAGGUUUCAAACGUCGAGAAAUGUAGCAGCAUGCCCUUGAACAACGGACAAGCUACUGGGGAAGUAAGUGUCACAUAUGCACUAAAUCAGGAUCACGAUACGCUGCUGUGCUUUUAUUAUCCAGCAGAUAGAGCAUUUAACUGGAGAAUAGCCUCCGAAGUUAUGGACAAUGAUAUUGAUAUGAGCUUAAAAAACGCAGGAAACGAAAAGGUUUUGGAGGCAUUUUCGUCUCACAAUGAAGACCCUAUGUUUUCUCGUGUGGUCCGAGUGAUGGACGUCAGAUUGAAUUCUAGAUCGAAUUUCCCAGACUUCCCGCUAAAUCAAUACUUGAAGAACAAUUUCUCUCAACUCAAUGGCCAUAGCAUUGUAGAUGCUGAGCAGGGAGAACUCUGUGAAAACUGUGGGAAGGGAACCCUGAAGGCCGCAAAUAGUAUUGAGGUUGGUCACACGUUCUACUUAGGUAAAAAGUAUAGCGAACCGCUUUCAGCAACCGCUAUCCUUCCAAGCAACGAAGCAAAACCUUUGGAAAUGGGUUGCUACGGUAUUGGCGUGACUAGGCUCGUAGCGGCAAUUGCAGAGAUCUCCAGAGAUGAGAAAGGUCUUUGUUGGCCAAGUUGUAUCGCGCCUUAUAAGGUCUCUCUUAAUUAUGUCGAAGACAGUGCUGAAGUCCAAGCUGUUAAGAACCUCUUAAAAUACGAAGCAUUUAUCGACAAUUCGCCCUCUGCAAAUCUUGGACAUCGUCUAACUCUCUCGCAACAGCUGGGAAUACCCCUAAGUCUCAUAAUAGGCAAGAAACACUGGCCGCUCGUGGAAAUUGAGGUCCGAGGCAAACGCUUCAGUGACACAUGGCUCGAGAAACACACAAAAUACAGUUCAGCAUAUAAUUGGCAGUACGAAAUUGUACAAACCAAAAAAGGACCUCUUGAAAAGCACUUAUGCUUCCAAGAGCACCUCAACGAAGUUAUAGACAUUCUCUUAAGCGACAUGUAG